UUCUCAUCGAUACUAUCGAUUGUGGUGUGUGUGUGUGUGUGUGACUGUGUGUUGUCAAUCAAUGUAAUUGAGUUUAUUUUUAUCCGACUAAUCGAAUUGGAUUGGAUUGUCGAGUUCGGAUCAUCGGAAAACGAAAUAAUGGAUUCUACACCACCCAUCAACGCCAACACUCAAGUUGAAGUAUCGAUUUUAGCUUUUGCCGGUGCUAAAGAUUUAUUACGAAAAUCUUUUGAGGUCAAUGAAUCAAAUGAUUGUAAUAAUAGUGAAAUACGAUUAACAAUACCAUCAUAUUGGUCUCAAGCAUAUGAUUUACGAAGAUUUUUAUGUCGAAAUAAAUGGCCACAAUUGGAACGAAUUGAACAAAAUAUUGCCAUAGCAUUGAAUCUCAAAUAUCUACCGCUAGAUGAAUCGGUAGAAAUUAAUUCUGGUGAUACGCUGGCAUUGAUACCACCAAUUUCGGGUGGUUGAACUUUUAUGUGUGUUGUAUUCAAAGAAAAAAUGUUUUAAACUAAAUUUUUGUUUGAAAA